AGAAAAACAAAAAUCAUGAAUGAUUUUGACGAUCCAUUAUUAUCACCAUCAUCAUCAUCUAGUUCUAGUUCAACAUCCAAAUUUUUCAUCACAUUGAGUCGGAAAUAUCAAGGUUUACUUGAUUAUUCUACACCUCAUAUUGCAUAUCGAUGGAUUUUUACAACAGUUUUAUUGUUAAUUUUUAUGUGUCGUGUGAUUAUUUAUCAAGGAUUCUAUAUUAUCACAUAUGCAUUGGGCAUAUAUUAUCUUAAUAUGUUAAUAGCGUUUCUUACUCCAAAAAUUGAUCCGGCUGUUUAUGAUUUUGAAGACGAAGGACCAUCAUUACCAACAUCGGCUAAUGAAGAAUUUCGUCCAUUUAUACGUCGUUUACCUGAAUUUAAAUUUUGGUAUUCAUCGACAAUAGCUACAUUAAUUUCAUUAAUCUGUACAUUCUUUGAAUUUUGCAACAUACCAGUUUUUUGGCCUAUUUUGUUGCUAUAUUUUAUCAUAUUGUUUUGUAUAACAAUGAAACGACAAAUCAGACAUAUGAUUAAAUAUCGUUAUUUGCCUUGGACUCGUGGCAAAACACGUUAUACAGGCAAAGAAGAUACUGGAAAAGUUUAUAUAAAUAGCAAUCCAUUAUCAUCAUCAUCAACUGUUCCAUUGAUCAAUACGGCAAUUCCAUCGCCAGUUUUUCCAACAUCAUCAAACAAUGUUCCAACCGAUUAAAAAACCACGAAAGAAGAACAAAUCCAAUCGAUUCAGGCAUCAUCAUUACCCGUAA